CUGUUAAUUCAGGUUCAAUAUUCCUCUGAACCUAAACCUGGCAGUCCAAGUACCCUAUCGGGUGAAUCUUGAACCGUGGCCACCUACUUGAAUGCGCCAAAGUCACCAGUAGCCGACUCAACGUCGAUCAAUCAAUCAUGACGGCCAACGUCCGCUCCGUGAUCGUGGCCGUUGACGGCAGCGAGCAGAGCAUGUACGCCUUGACAUGGGCGCUUGACAACCUCAAACUCCGAUCCACUUCGUACGACUCCACUGAAACCCCUGGCUCCUUCAUCAUACUCCACGUCCAAUCUCCGCCCACUAUCGCUGCUGGACUCAAUCCCGGCGCUAUCCCCUUCGGCGGGCCCAGUGAUUUGGAGGUCCCUGCCUUCACUGCGGCGAUCGAGGCACAUCAAAAGCGGAUAACCGAAGCCGUUUUAGAACAUGCCUUGGGGAUCUGCCGCCAAAAAAAAGUAGUCAAUGUUAAAACGCAAGUGGUUAUUGGGGAUCCCAAGGAGAAGAUUUGUGAAGCUGUUGAGAAUCUGCACGCUGAUUUACUUGUGACGGGGUGUCGUGCUUUUGGCCCUGUUAAAAGGAUGUUUUUGGGAAGUGUAAGCAACUAUUGCACCAACCAUGUAGAAUGUCCCGUCAUUAUUGUCAAGGGCAAGGAUGCAUCAUCAUAAACCAAAGAGUUACGGAGUGCUUUUGUGAUGCUUGACAAAUGCUGACCUCUCCUCUUGUCAUAUAUGGAAAUGUUUCAGAAGCAGUUUGGGGUAAUUUGUAAUCAGCUCUGCGUUGUCAUCCCUUUUUUUAAUCUCUUUCUAGUGUGUUUUUUUUAGGAGGAAAAACUUGGGUGUGAAAAUCAACCUCGUUUGUAUUGUAUAUCAAUUAGUUGAUGUACAAUUGUACCUCGUUUGUAUUGUAUAUCAAUUUGUUGAUGUACAAUUGUAUUUCUUUGUGUAUUCAUUUAUUUACUCUGGUGGAUUAUUGUAUUAAGUUGUCUUUGGAAAUGAUUACUUUCUUCAACCA